UCGGCCAUUGAAGGACGCCAUGUUGUUUUAGUUUCAGGACCACUUUGCACUUUGCUUGACUUGUCACAAUUUAAACUGUCCAAAAUGGGGAGGCGAUCCAUUUCAACAACAAAGAGUGGGAAGUUCAUGAACCCAACUGAUCAAGCAAGAAAGGAAGCAAGGAAAAGGGAGUUGAAGAAGAAUAAGAAGCAAAGAAAGAUGGUCCGAGAAGCUGUCUUAAAAUCCAAGGACCCUCAAAGAAUUUUAGAAGAAAUUGAAAAAAUUGAAACACUGGAAAUUGAUGCCGGACCAAUCCCUCUUCCUAAUGACAAGGCACUCAAAGAAAAGAAAAGGAAGCUGAAGGAGACAUUGGACAGGAUGCUCAGACUCUAUGAGAAAGAUGAUCCCUCUCAGUCAGGACAAGUGAGGCAAUUGAUCGCCGACAGUGAGCGAAAGCGUUUGCAAGCCCAGUUAUCUGCCCAUGAAUUAAGGCAGAAAGCUAUAGCAGAGGAAGCAAUGAUGCCCCCAGACAUUCCGUUGCCACCCAAUAUCCCACUGCCACAUGCAGGCAUGUUAAUGCCAAGUGAUAUUCCCCUCCCUGGACCAUUACCUGGUCAAGUGCCCCUCCCCCCAGGUUUAAUACCCCCAGGCCCUCCCCCUGGGCCUCCACCGAAACUUCCUUCUGGUAUGGUCCCACCUGGUCCCCCACCCGGACCCCCACCAGGUAUGCCACCGGUGAGUGUUCCACCACCCCUACCCCCAGGAACAGCACCUGAUGAUUUGGAAGGCAAACAGUAUGAUGAUGGUGAUGACAGUGAAGGGAGCACCAGUGAAUCAGGUGGUGAGGAGGAGGAAUACGACCCAGCAGUGCCGCUGGGGAGGCUAGAAGGAGAUGCAGAUGAUGGUCAGCCACUUGGAGAGAGGGGCGACAAAGAUGAAGAGAUGGAGGAUAGUGAAGGAGAAACGAGAGAACGUCAAAGAACUGUAAGGUUUGCAGAUGAAGUUGAGCAAAGUGGAGGUGAAGGCCACUCCUCAAAAGGCAGUGGUACAACUUCAAUUCAAGAUUUUCUUCUUAAAAUGGCGGGGCAGCCUCUCCCUGAUAAACAGCGAGAAGGAGACGAGCAAGGAGAUCAAGCAAAGAGAAGCUCAGUACAAACAGGACAACCUCAACCCCCAGGACCACCCCCAGGUCCACCCCCUGGACAGCUGCCUCUACCUGGAAGUCAACAAGCCGGAGGACUACCGAUUCAACCCAACUUUCAGAUCAGAGCCCCACCCCCAAGAAUGUUCCCACCUGGUCCUCCCCCUGGUAGGCCACCAGGCCCUCCCCCAGGAAUGCCUGGCAUGGUCCCUCCUGGCCCACCCCCAGGGUUACCGCCCAAUAUGAUGGCACACGCUAUGGCAAGAGGACCCAGACCUCUACUGCAACAACCAAUACCAUUACCACCAUUGAGACCUGGCAUGGCACGACCCCCUGGCCCUCCCCCCGGUAUGAUUCCCCCUCCCCCACACGGCGCAGUUUUGUCAGCACCCCCAACCUUCAUUAGUAAACCUCCAAUGGCUAAUCCAACUGCUGAUAGUGGAAAAGGAGCUACAAUUAGUAAAGAAGCAACUGCCACCAUUAGUGCAAAGCCACAGUUACGGAACACACAAGCAGAGUUAACAAAACUCGUACCUACCGCCUUGCGAGUCAAACGAGACCAGCCUAAGAACAAACCAAAGCUUCGGCCACCCGGAGCUGACCCAGAAGCUGUUGAAAGUAUACCGCAACAAGUUUCACAACCGAGGGUUGUUGAAACUGGCACGAAAGACGAUGCUUACGCGCUUUUUAUGAAAGAAAUGCAAGGACUUUUGUAAAUGAACUGAAACGUUAAAUUGUGUGUCCGUUUUGUGUUGCCUAUUACUGAGUUCUUAGUUCACGAAACGCGUGCAAUUUGUUCUAGCCAAUCAGCCCAAAGAUGGCGUUUUUUCGGCCAAUCAGAUGCGAAACCAAGGCCAAUCGUUAUUUGACGUACAGUAAUUUUCCUGCGCGUGUCAACAAUUUUUGCCGCCUUUUCGAUUGACCUUUUCUCCAGUUUUAUACAUUUGCUUAACUUCCUGAAAGUUCUUUGUUAUUGUACCACUUUAUUCCACGUCUUAUAAGAUAUACGACAAGUUUAGAACUUUAACUACAACUUCAAACCACGUAAUAACAUUCGUCAAAUGUAAUAACAGUGAAAGUAUUUUCGUUUCUUCGCGUAACGCUAUCAGUUGUUAGCCCAUCCCAGGGUGUCAUAGUACGGGGAGCGGGCAGAAAGGAAGUUAAGUAAAGAUGACUACGGAAGGGAA